UAAUGGAUUUAUUUGUUGUUCAAAAUCAACAUAAUUUAUUUUUUUUGGAUGGUGAUUAUCAUAUAUGGAAUUCUCCUUUACAAGACGACAAAUCCUUAUUAAAAAUUCGCGAAUCUAUCAGGGCACCUUUUAUACUGCGCAUGAUGCUACACGCUUUCACCGAAGAAAUAUUUUGGAAAACCGUUCGCACACACUAUGUAUUUAGCAAGUAUGCACAGAAAAGGAAAUUGAACUUAUCAUUAGGAUUUAAAGAAAAUGAUUGGAUGAUAUUCAAUUUACAACAAAUUGGAUAUUAUCGCGUUAAUUAUGAUCUAUGGAAUUGGCGAAAAAUUUCAUAUUAUCUAAACUUUGAUAAUUACACGAAAAUUCAUGUUCUUAAUCGUGCUCAAAUUAUCGAUAAUGCAUUUCAUUUAAUGAUAGGAGGCCAACUCCUUUCAUAUGUAUUCUGGGAUAUCAUAAGAUAUAUGCAUCGAGAAGAAGAUUAUAUAGCUUGGUAUCCUAUGUUUAAAGUUCUGGAAUAUUUGUCCAGUGCUUUUAUAGUGUUGGAAGAAAACAUUGAGAAGUUUACGGGAACAAUAAGCGAUAUAUUGAAGAAUGUACUUAAAAAAAUCAAAUAUAAAGAAAUUGAUGAUACAGACAAACUUAGAAACUUUACGACAAGAAUCACUUGUAAGAAAAAAGCCAACAAGAAAUUAAAACAACAUCUCCAAGAUCCUACAAAACACAAACUAUUGCCAUGGUGGAAGGAAUGGACAUAUUGUAAAGGUUUGAUAAUAACUACCAAAAACGAGACAUGGGAAUUAAUGCACACUAAAGGAUUGGAAAAAUCUGACACUAAAUUUUUUGAAUACUUGGCUUGCCCUGAAGAUAUUAAUCUUAUCAAAAAAUAUUUAGACGAUAUAAGAUAUAAACAGUACAAUUCUACAGAACAGAAAUAUCAAUAUCAUUCUUAUGGUUUCUUACAUAUUAUUACGAAGCAUGCGAAGAAUCAAAUUAUACUAGAGUACAUAUUAGAUCAUUUUAACGAAAUAAGACCAAAAAAUGUUCAUUUAACUGCAGCAUUAAUUAUUAUUAUUAAUAACGUAUAUCUCGAAAAUCAAACUCAGCAAAUAUUAAACAAGGAUGAAUAUUUUAUAGAAACUAACUUAGUUGAAAUGAAUAACACAGAAGAUAGAUUUAAAAGACAUCAUAUAAAGGAGAUGAGUGACACUGUGAUAGAUAAAGAUUACUUUUAUUAUAAAUAUAAACAAAAGAUAUUAUCUCGCAAUAAUGAAAUCAAAAGACAGAAACAAUAUUUAAAAAAUUUUUUUUACUAAUCGGUGGGUGUAAAAAAUUACAGCUUUGCAUCCAUGGACAUACUUCAUGUGAAUAAUUUUUUUUAUUGUACGUACCAUUUUUUGUACUGCUUUAAUUAUUGUUUAUUUGGACGUAUUUUACAAAACUUUAUGACUGCAUGCAUCACAUUUUUUAUUUUUUUGCAAACGUGCUUGAAGUAGUUGAACUAUACCUGUGUAAUCAUAACAAA